UUCAAGCGUGAAGCCGCGACAACGCCUGAAUUAGCCAGCUGCCGCCUACAUCCCCACAGCCUCGCUCUCCGAUCUCGCACAGUCCUCAGCCGACUCUAGUACCGAGCGGACAUACACACCACCAGCAACAACAUGUCUCAGACGACGAAAAGUUUUGAGGAGAAAUGUAAAGUGUUCUUCGACCAGGCCAACGGGGGUAACCCUAUAACAGUGGGCCAGCUGGCACGAGUUAUCCGAAGUGCUUGUCCCAACUUCCAGGGCACCGAUCAAGAAAUUGCUGAAAUGUUUUUUGAAGUCGAUGCAAACAACGACAAGUUAGUGGACUGGAACGAGUUCAGCACUGCCCUGUUUGCUAAAGAUCCAAAGGAAGUGACGAGGGCAGAACUGCAAACUUUAUUUAAAUCCAUCGAUAAAGACGGCAGUGGCAAGCUGGAUAAAACUGAAAUAAUAAACUUGGUCAAAGAACAAGGCUUGAGCAUUACAGAUGAGGAAUUGGAUGAUCUCAUUAAAGAGGCGGACGUCAACGGGGACGGCUUGAUCGACUUUGAAGAGCUCCUAAGAUUGUGGAUGUCUAAAUAAUUGAUGACAUUCAUAUACUUUUGGCAAGUCUGAACUCGUGUGUUUGACAGUGGUCUUAGAUUCACGCCAACGUAUAAUUUUUAAAUUGAAAUACAAGAUUUUUGUAUCUACUUUAGAAACAUACAUUAAAAACAACCUUAUAAAUUU